ACCUUAAACCCCCACCACGACGGAUCCAGGAUAGGCUGCAGCGGUAGUACGGUACCUGCCAUGGCUCGUUUGAUUCGAAAUGCCCAAAGAACUCUGUUUUCUUCUUGUUCUUCUUCUACAACCCUGAUUCAUGGACUGCGACGCCAUGAAUACUGCAAUUGGAUUUCUCACUCAAGCCUUCCAUUGCAAAUUAGACUUUAUGCAGCGAACAAAAUCACCAAAUCGCCCUUCAAGGAGAACAUACUUAGAAUCCUCCGAAACGAGAUCAGCUACCAGACCGAGUAUGCCCCUCCACAUGAGCCUGCAACCAGAUUCAACUCGUUCAUUGUGGAAGAUAGACCAGGAGAGCAGUGGAUCACCAUGAGAGGAAGACAUAAUGACAUUGAAGACAUCAAAAUUGAAGUAACCAUGUUUGAUGGAUUCAAACUUAUUCCAAAACCUGGAGAGGAUGCCUCUGGGGAAGAUGUGGCUCUUCAUAUAAGCUUGCUUGUUGAUAUCACUAGGGAGAAUGAUGGCCAUAAAUUGGAGUUUGCUUGCUCGGCGUGGACUGAUUGCUUGGAGAUUCAGAAAGUAUACAUCUUUAGUCAUGACACGAUGCUGUCAAGGCCGUACAUGGGACCUGAUUUCAGGAAGCUCAAUGGCAAUCUUCAGAAGGAACUUCAUGGAUUUUUAGAAGCGAGGGGGGUUAACAAUGAACUAUCUACUUUCUUGCAUGAACAUAUUAUGAACAAGGAUAGAAUUGAGCUCAUCAAGUGGUUGGAAAAGUUGAAGUCUUUCAUGGAGAAAUAGGGGUAUGGUUACCGUGUCCUUAAAUAUUGUUGUUAUUACAGCUCUAAAAUUUGUGGAGAAAUAGGUGCAUCAUCAUCAUCAACCCCUUUAUGACAAACAGUGUCAUGUUCGGCAACAUAACUAGCAUCUCUCAGAUUCGUUAUGGAUGUUUUAUGUAACUUACCCAUUUUAUUUCUUCUCGAAUGUCUAGUUUUAGACAAAAAAAAUAGGAUUAAGCCUGAGAUGUAGAUUAAAACUAUUGAAUCUUCUUUUGUCCA